CAGACUUCCUCAAGAGCCAGCCAUCAGCCACAAUGACAGAGGGUAAUCUUCCUCCAGAGCUGGCUCCGGCACCGGCCACGACGGAGACUAAUCUUUCUAAAGAGGCGGCACUGGUCAUAAUGGAGAGAAAUAAGAACGUGGUUGAAGCUUGGGAAUCCGAUGAGGAAUCUCUAACAUCUGAUUCAGCGAGUCUUCGAAGUCCGCUUGUGAAAUGUGAAGCUUCUAAUUUGGAGAAAGGGGAAUGUCGUUCCCAAUCGAAGGAAAACAACAAUGACGCCAUGGCUGUGCCCAAGAAUAGUGAAGAAGUGGAGAACAACAAUGGAGCGUAUUUAUUCAUCGAAAAAAACAAUGGAGGCUAUUUCGAGGACGAAGAAGAUCAGAAAGAACCGUUUGGGUCUGAUGACGAAGGUUACUGUAUUGCCCUUGCUACUAGUCCCAAACCAAUUCCUGAUUUAACAUUUUUACCGGGGUUCUAUGAGGUGAAUGAAAGAGGCCGGCGUGGACACUCGUAGCAAUGGAUCCAACCUAUUUUUGCUCUUCUAUU